AUGAAAUCAAAACGUAGACAUUCUUUAGCUGAUGACGACUUUGAAUCAUCAAAAAAUCAGAAUGUAACAAAUGUCAGCAAUAAACGAUUUAAUAAAAAACAGAGAAAAAAUUUUGAUUUAGAAAUUCAUAAUGUUGCGCAGCGAUUAAAAGAAUUUCGAAAAGAGCUUCCAAUAUGGAAAGAACGGGAAAAGUUGGUACAAACUGUCAAAGAAAACGAGACUAUUAUCGUUAUUGGUGAAAUGGGAAGUGGAAAAAGUACUCAAACACCGCAAUUCUUGUUGGAAGCUGGCCUGAUAUCGAAUGGUGCUAUCGCGUUAACACAACCAAGAAGAGUCGCUGCCAUAAGUUUGGCUAAAAGAGUCGCUAAUGAAAUUGGAACGAAACUUGGUCAUCGUGUUGGCUAUUCUGUCAGAUUUGAUGAUACAUCAUCUCAAUCAACGGUUAUCAAAUAUCUUACAGAUGGCAUGCUUCUACGAGAAUUACUAUCAGAUCCUUUGCUUUUAAAAUAUUGCGUAAUAAUUCUGGAUGAAGCACAUGAAAGGACAAUGCGUACUGAUAUCCUCUUUGGUAUGAUAAAAAGGGUUCAAGAUGCUAGAAAGAACGAUAAAUCUUGUAAUCCGUUAAAAGUAAUUAUAAUGAGUGCCACUUUAAAUGCUCAGAAAUUUGCUAGUUAUUUUAAUACAACUACGAUAUUACAAAUCCCGGGUCGACAAUUUCCAGUGAGCGUGAAUUAUAGCUUUGUAGCUCAGCCUGAUUAUUUAGAUGCGGCGUUUACUACAUCAACGCAAAUUCAUACAAAUCAACCUCCUGGUGAUAUUCUGGUAUUUUUACCAGGCCAAGAAGAUAUUGAAAUUCUUGAAAAACUAAUAACUGAGUACGGCACGACUUUGCCACCAGAUAAACUAAAGAUAAUCACAUGUUUGUUAUUUGCGGCUCUCCCGACGGAACAGCAAACAAAAGUUUUUGAUCCCUCUCCUCCAGGAACUCGUAAAAUAAUAUUAGCAACUAACAUUGCUGAAACUUCUAUAACGAUAAAUGGUGUUAGAUACGUUGUAGAUACUGGAAAAUGUAAAAUGAGAAAAUUCAAUUCAAGGGUAGGAAUGGAAAGCUUAUCCAUAGAGAAUAUUUCAAAAGAUUCUGCAGAUCAACGGAUGGGUAGGGCUGGUCGUGAGGCUCCAGGAUUCUGCCAUCGUCUAUAUACAGAAGAAGAAUAUAAUAAAAUGGAAAAAAAUACUGAGCCGGAAAUAAAAAGAUGCAAUCUUGCAUCGAUUAUAUUAUUAUUAAAAGCUUUUGGUAUCGAUAAUGUACUAGAAUUUGAUUAUUUAGACGCUCCAUCAAGAAGUUUAUUGAAAAGGGCAUUAGAACAAUUAUUUAUUCUAAAAGCACUUAAUAAUCAGGGUAAAAUAACUGAUUUGGGAAGAAAAAUGUCAGAGUUUCCUCUUGAACCAGCUUAUGCUAAAGUCCUUAUCGCAUCAGAGCAAAUGUCCUGUACGCGUGAAGUGAUUAAUAUAGUUUCAUUACUUUCGGUUGAUUCUAUAUUUUUUUCGCCUCAAGAUCAACGUGAUCAGGCAUUGGAUAUGAAAAAGAAGUUUAUAUCUCCUCUUGGUGAUUUGAUUACCUAUUUAAAUUUAUUACGAUCAUACGAAACGCAUAAAGGAGAUUUGGAUUGGUGCAAGCAGAAUUUUGUUAAUAAACGAAAUAUGAAACAUGUUAUUAAUGUAAGAAAACAAUUAAUACAAUUGUGUACAAGAAUGAAUAUUUCUCCUACAACUACUUGUGACGAAGAUUACGAACUACUAUUAAAAUGUAUGUUGUGCGGAUUUUUUCGUAAUUCUGCUAUAUUACAGCCUGGUAACAAUGGUUAUAAAACUGUUGGGAAUAAUCAGGUCGUUAACAUACAUCCAUCGUCAACUUUAUUUAAUAAAAAAAAUGAAGCCGUUAUGUAUACUGAAUUGGUACUGACUUCAAAACCAUAUAUGAAAAAUGUUUCGGUAAUUCAAAGUAGUUGGCUUGUUGGCAUUUCUUCAAAUUUAUUGGAAUAG